AUGGCCUUCAAGUCAUUGUUUCUAGCAACUUGCAGUUUUCUGACUCUGGUCGCCUCGCUGGCCGCAUUGCCGCCGCCUUCAUUUCACCGAUUGGACCAUCGCGAAUCGCACCUUCUUCCAAGUCAUGUCAUUGCUCAAUUUCCCGCCGGCACAUGGAUUGAGAAUAUUGCUGUUCGAGCUAACGGCAAUCUUCUUCUCACAAGUUUCCUGCCAGACGCUACACUAUAUGAGGUUUCUGACUUGGACUGUCUCUCGCCAACCGUUACCCGUCUAUUCACCAUAGACUCAGUCACCAGCUUAUUUGGGAUAGUAGAAACAUCCACAGACGUAUUUGCUGUUGCCGGCGGAAACUUUAGCCAGUCAACAGGGGGUGUUAAAGGAACAUCUCGUCUUUGGAGCAUCGAUUUCAGACAUGGCCAGUCCUCUUAUCCGAAGCCGAUUACUUCCCUUCCCGAUGCGGUUCUACUCAACGGUGCGACGACAGUUCCGCAAAGCAGUCACAUAGUUCUUCUAGCGGAUUCGAUAUUGAAUGCUGUUUGGCGUGUUGACGUGGUUAAGGGCACGGUGGAUAAAGCGGCUCAAUUCCCGCCACAGGACACUGCCCCAUCACAGCCCGUAACUAUUGGCAUUAACGGUAUUCACAUCCACGAUGGGUUUUUAUGGUUUACAAAUGAUACAUCAACAACCAAUCCGUCAACGGGCAGCCUUGAAACCUCCAUGUAUCGAAUCAAAAUUGACAAGAAUGGAUAUGCACCUAUCAACACCGCACCCGAGAAAAUAAUUACCCUACCGUCGGAGGCACUGGAUGACUUCAUAUUUGGCCCCGACGACAGAAACAUCAAGUGGAUAGCUACAAAUUCGGAAAACAAAGUACUUGCGGCUGCUCCAGAUGGCAGAUAUGUCCGUGUUGCUGGCGCGGCCAGCUCUUUCGAAGUUGCGACGGCAACGGCCUGUCGGUUUGGGAGAACAAGGCGGGAUUCGCAUGUUCUUUAUGUAACCACUGGCGGUGGGAAAAUAAACGGUACAACGGAAGGAGGCAAAGUGCAGGCUCUCGAUACUAGGGGGUUCAGCUUUUGA